UGCGCGGGCCGCCGGGCGGGCCCGGGCAGCAGCCGCUGCAGCAGCCGCAGCCGGGCGGCCGCGCUCGCCGAGCAGCGGGAGGGCCGCACCGCUCACCUCUUGGCCCGGGCCGCCGCUGCCUUCCUUUCCCUGCCCGGCCGCCGCCAUGGCGGAGACCGAGGAGCGAAGCCUGGACGACUUCUUCGCCAAGCGGGACAAGAAGAAGCGGAAGGAGAAGAGCAGCCGAAGUGCCGCUGCCGCCUCCAGUGCUUCCAACGCCGGCUCCAACGCGGCGAGCGCGGCCGCGGGGACCCCGCGACCGACUGAGGGCGGCGGCUCUGGGGCCGCUGCCGCCUCCGGCGCCGCCGGCGGCUCCUCGGCCAAGGCGGCGAGCAAGGAGGAGGAUGAUUGGAAAGAAUUUGAGCAAAAGGAAGAAAUUGAUUAUAGUGGUCUUAGAGUUCAGUCCAUGCAAAUAAGUGAAAAAGAUGAUGAUGAAAGUGAAAAGAGAGAAGAACCUGGUGACAAUUGGGAAGAGACUGGUGGUGGUGGUAGUGGUGUAGUAGACAGAUCAUCUGGUCCUUGGAACAAGUCAGCUCCUGCACCAGCCCCGGUUGUUGAACCGAUUGUUACAGAAACUCCAGAACCAGUGCAGACUGGUGGCGUGUACCGGCCGCCCGGUGCCAGGGAAGGUGGGCGGCCACGGAGAGCACAGCAAGGACCACCAGAGAUCUACAGUGACACACAGUUCCCCUCACUGCAGUCCACCGCCAAGCUCGUAGACAGUAGAAACCUAACAUCUUAUUCGCUUUCUUGACUGCAACUACACAGUGAGCAGAUGUCUUCAUCAAGCUGCCCAUGGUGAUGCCUAGAUCGUCCCCUUGAAAGAUCACAACUAAUUCAGACUCAUGUCACAACUUCUACCAGAGCAUGUAUGAGUGGUUUAAAACCUUUCCAGUAUUUAUUGCCUUGGUUUUUCUUGUUGACAACUCACCUGCCCCUGAUUUGCCAAGUUUACAGAGCCAUUUAAGAGUAUCCUGGCAAUCACCAUCAACCCACUAACUUCCAUGGGGAUUGGCUUUUGCCAUUUGAUGUACUGAAGUCUUCAGUUUCAUGUAUAUAAUCCACUCUUCUGGUCAGUGAGUAGCAUGGCAAGCUCUUACUAAUUUUUGCUCAAUCUGAUAUGUUCUAUUCCUUUUCAUGUCUCCUGUCUUCUGUAUUUAAUCUCCAUUCUAGCUCAGUUACAGCAAUGAAGUCAUCAUGUUACAUCUGUCUGCUUUAUUUCAAGUAACUUGCCUACAGAAAACUUAUUUAAAAUACUGUUAUAAGCUUCCUUUUUUAAUCAAACCAUUUAUUCUGUAUAUCUUUCAGACUAUGUACAACCAUAGCAAAGUGAUUCAAACCAUAAAAACUGGCUGAUGCAAUACAACAAAUCUAUUGAAAGAAAGGCAAGAUCUGUGUAUGGCCUCCCAGAGUUUAACUUCACUCGUGUCAAUGGAGUUAUUUCUGUCACACAAGGUCAGUUUCAUUUACGUUUGGUGUGACAGCCAGAAUCAAGUACCAUUGAACAAGCCCCAUAGAAACUUGUUUUAAAUUUCUGGGUUAUUCUCUUUGUGCCAGAGAUGAAGCAGAUGCAUUACUAUUACUUAGUUUCUGAUCAGCAACCACAGGUGCUCAGCCAUGCUUAAUCUAAUAUACCUGUAGUGGUAUUUUACUGGAUAUUGAAACUGCAUUGCAGUAUUUGAGAUGAAGCAACACUGGAGGGCAGGUUUAGUCUUUGUGGCUUGUUUCAUCUCUUCAUUCUUAUCAUCUUGUGCUUUAAAGAGCAUGCAGCUGUAAAUUAUGUUGUCUUUAAGCGCUGACUGCAUUUUCCAGUCAUGUUAUGUUUACAGAUAAAAAGGAUGUGUCAUAAGGGCAGACUCAAGCCUGGUAAGAUGUACAGCCUGGCCCUUGAGAGCCGCAUUACCUCAGUUAUCAGAGUACCGUGUCCUAGAGAGCAGCUGCCUUCCAGUGCUAAUGAUGAUACUGGGUCGAGAGCAAUAGACCUUGGAUUUUGCAUCCACAUAUCUGUAUGUUAGGUGUUCUGUUACAGCAGUAUUGUCAAAAAAACAGUUAUGGCUGCUGGGAGUUGACUAAAUUGGACAAGGAGAGUUGGGAUUUAUUUUACUUUUUGAGGGUGUGGUGGAAGGGGGAAGAGUGCCAAUGAAUCUGAGAGUUGUUAGAAUGUAAUGCUUCAUAGCCUCUCCCCUGCCUCUGGAAGCCUCACCUCUGCUGCUACUCACCAAAGCCCUGUCUUGCCACUGUAGCUCUGUAAUGUUAUUACUAACUGCCCAGUAACCUUCAGGACUGACAAGUUCUUUGACCGUGCACUGUGUCUCUACUCUGGGAAUUGGGUAAAAGGCAAAGUGGCUUUGGAAACUGGCAUGACAGUGUUUACUAGGUAAUGGGCUCGGCUCAUUGUUUUUCCUGGAACUCAAAACUCAGCAAAAAUCUCUUGAUUUGACCUCUCUUUACCCUAGAGUAUUCUGUCCUUCUUCUGUUCAUCUAUGUUAUUACCAUGCCAAGGAUUUCUUAGUCAGGUGCCUGAAUUAUUUACCACUUUUUAAGAAAGCAGCAGGCAAGAACUCCAGAUCUUGAAUAUGCUGCAUUGCUUUUAUGAGAGCUGUAGUUUCACAAACAUUGCAAAACUGCCUAGCAAGUACAUGCAGUCUCCUUGAGGAACUGAAACCUAGAGCCUCAGAGGCUACACAGGAGACAAAUUCCUACUGAAUACAGUAAAAUGGAGGCAGUAGCACUGUUCACAGUACAACACAGCCCAGCUAUGGAAAAGAGUAGGGUUGCGUGACUGGUAACGUUCUAGCUUAAACAAAAACUGUCUUGCCUGGACAGCAGGUCCUAACAUUGUAAGAGGAUCUCUGUGUAAAUCAAAAGGAAAAAAACCAAACAAAACUGAAUUUGUUUUCAACGAUGUACCAGAAUGCCUCAGCACCAGACUUAAUGUGAAGAAAGGAAGAUAACUGUGUGCUCAGUGUAGUGCAAAAGAAAGAAUGAUAAAAUGGUUUGGCUGGGAGCCUAUAGAGCACAGCAGAAACUAUUUCAGCAAAGUAGAGUUCAAUAUGAGCUAUUUCUGAGAAUCCCUGUGUGGCCCCCACAGUUAACACAGGAACCUAAUGGUGCCUGUAUAUUUGUAUGUUAAUAUUCAUAACUUAAGUUCAAAACCUAAUUAUAUAUAUUUUUGUCAAUAGAUUUUUUUUAACCUGGUUUACCUAUCAUGGCUUCUGCAUAUGACAACUUCUAACUGUGCAGUGCACACACCUGUUGUCCUUUUGUCCCAUGGUAGAAUAAUGGUAUUCAAACUCUGUAAAGCACUUUCGUGAUGUUUCCUGUGACGAAAUCUGAAGAAAAUAAAUUUAUCUUAACAGCACCAACUGCA